UGCCAGCACUUUUCUGUACGUGGACUAUAUACAGUAGCCUACAUAGAGUUUCUGAUUUCACAAGCAUACGGAUGUGUACGUAAAGUACUCAUUAUUGUCUCUGCAGUAAUGUAUCAAGCACAUCGCCAAGCAGAAAGGGGGCAAUUUCUCUUCGCCUGCAUGAUAUGAAAUAUUAUAUGUUCGUGAAAAUAUUAGAUCUGAAUCGAGGUUCAUUAAUUUAUAACCGGCCACUGUGCAGUGUAUGAUUGUUUCGUUCGGUCGUCGUCUGCUGUGCCUAGAUGGCUAUUGUCGACAAAGUGUAACGUCGAUACUAGACCAUCAACAUGGCGACGUCAAUCAAAAAUAUGCCCUGGAUCGACGAACCAGUCAUCGUACCAGUGCAGGAACAGUUGGUCAAGGCAGCAGUUCUUCAAGAAACGCAUGCUGCUGCCCCCGGAAAUGCUCGUGUCUUCUCCGUUGAGAUACAAAGAAACAUUACACCAUCCAAAUUGACAUCAUCAUCAUCAACAUCAGGUGAUCAAACCGAUGGAAAUGAAACUUCUAAAAUAAAAGACUUUCCCUUUAAAGUGGUGACCCAUUUGACGUCAACAGGAACAGCAACGGAUGAAGAGAGCGGUGAUCGAGAAUGCCACUAUGCAUCUACGGCCGAGGAGGCUUUGCAGAUCUAUGAUGAUCUUUACAAGCAACACACUUCAUCUGGAGAUGGUAGGGCAUCCAUGGCACCAGUCUCAUCUGUCAAUAACUCGCGAUGGAUUGGUUCAGAAGCACUGAGAAAGACCCUUCUGUACCGAGAAACCUACUCACCUACACAGGGUUUAUCACCAGAGGUGGCCAAAUUGGUGGACAAUGUUUGGAAGGAAGCGAUGGGGAAACUCAAAGAACAUCUAGCGGUCCCUGUGGCAUCAAUUCUUCCUGGACAAGUUGCAAAGGCAGAAGCUGUUCUUUAUCAGAUGUGGAAUAUCUUACAGAAGAGGAAAAGCAAACAUCAAGGUGACGAAUAUGACGAAUAUGAUGAAUACGACGACGAAAUAUCGGAUGCUGAAAUAGAGACUCUUCAGGAAGAGUUUUACGCCCUCAUUCCUCAUCACGAUUACAUGCAAUCUCCGAUCAGGCUGUUGAGCAAAGUCGCAACAAAGCUAGACCUAUGUCAGAUGAUUCGAGAUGCAGUAUACAUCAGCGAGGAGACGGGAUGGCAGAAACGACCCACACCUGAAGCCAAGUACAGAGCUCUACGAUGUUACAUCCAACAUCUACCACUCGAUCAUCCAGAGUAUGAGAAGAUCAAAAGACUAGUCCAAUCAACUAUGUCUAAUGAGAUGAAAGUAAACACCUUCCGGAUCUACGCAGUUAGUAGACCCCCUGACGAAGAGGGUUACCUUCACGACAUUGGCAAUGAUACACUACUCUUUCACGCCACCAAGCCGAACAACGUACUUGGGAUCUUAUCCAGGGGUCUCCUAAUGCCCAAGGUUGUGGUGGAAAUGUUUAACGGACAACGCCGUGACGAGGGGCUACUUGGUCCAGGUCUAUACUUUGGUGAUCGAACAAGCACAUGCAUUCAGUACACAAAGAACGGAUACUUCUCUCAGACGAGGAUGAUGCUUGUCAUCAGGGUCGCUCUCGGAUCCACUCAAGACUACUAUGAAUUCAACACAAAGAUGCAACAGGCACCCGAAGGCUUCGAGAGCACACAUGGUGUUCGUGCUUCAGAAAACAAGCCUUCAGAGUUCAAGGAAGACGAAUUUGUUGUUUAUUCGACCAAGCAACAAUGCAUUCGUUAUCUCGUCGAGUUCAGCAUUGAUGGCGAUGAUGAUGUGGUCGAUGGCUACGCCUAUGAUGAGGAGGAUGACGACGAAGAUGACGUGGUGGGCAACGUAGGAGAAACAAAAGAAACCUCCGACAAAAUUGAUCUGGCCGACGUACAGUGCUGUCAGGACCCUGUCAGCAGGACAGCCGCAGGUCUAGUUGUAGCCAACAGCAGAGAGGGCGUCAUACUUGAAGAAGUUCAUGUCAGAGGCCACAUCACUGAUCUUGCAGCGAAGAUCACAGUUCUACAAGUUUACCAGAGCCAGAUUUCAGAGACGAACAUUCGAGAAGCUCGCUACGUGUUUCCUUUGGACGAGAAGGCAGCUGUAUGUGGCUUUGAAGCAUUCAUCAACGACAAACAUGUAGUGGGUACGGUGAAGACCAAAGAGAUAGCACAGAAAGAAUAUCAGGAGGCUGUACGAGAGGGUCAUGGAGCCUACCUGAUGCAAGAAGAAGCUUCCAACGUGUUUUCGGUGAGCAUCGGCAAUCUCCCUCCUCGUGCAAGAGUGGUCAUCAAGAUAACAUACGUCACUGAAUUGGCAGAAGAGGAGGGGGGCAAGAUGGCUUUCUAUCUUCUGGGAAGCGUUGCUCCUUGGUUACAAGAAGAAAUUCGCGGUACAAAGCUUACAGAGGAAACUCAGGCAUUGACGGGAGUUGCAUCAAAUGAGACCGAAAGGAAGGAGUCUCUUCAGAUAACCAUGGAGAUGCUAUCAAAUAUCUCAUUAGUUGAAUCACCGACUCAUGUGAUCAAAGUAAAGCGGAAGGAGAUGAAGGCUACCGUUACUUUGGGGGAUAGAGUCCAACUCGGUGAUGGUUUCCAGCUGCUCAUUAGCAUUAUCCAUCCUAACACACCAAGGUUCUGGACCGAGUUUGAUCCGUCAUGUGAAUCAUAUGCUAGUAUGGCGGUCUUCUACCCGACAAUCCAGUCCGAAUUGAUCGCUGAUCCUGAAGUAGUUCUCUUGUUGGACUGCUCGACUUCAAUGAAAGGAGAGCCUAAACAGGAUGCGAAAAAGAUUUGCAAAAUGAUUCUUCAGUCAUUACCAGAGAAAAGCCGUUUCAAUGUCAUCACCUUCGGCACAGAUUUCACCGAACUCUUUCCGACCGUUGAACCUGUCGGCCAACGUCAGCUUCUUGAAGCCUUAGAGUUCAUCGAAGGUGCCAGAUCAGUUGGCGGUAGCUCAGAAGCGUGGCGCCCUCUCCGGUCACUCUCGCUUCUACCCAUGAUGAAUUCGGCGCGAAACGUUCUCCUUGUAUCCGACGGUCAUCUCACCAACGAGAAACUCACUUUGGAAAUUGCCUCCAAGUAUAAGCACGUUAACAGAAUAUUCACGUGCGCUGUUAGCUCUGCUGGGAAUCGCCACAUACUUCGUGCCUUGGCUGAUGUCAGUGGAGGUGCCUUCGAGUCCUUCAGUCCAAAGACAAAAUCGAAGUGGGAAGGAAAGAUCGCUGCCCAAAUUGACCGUUGCCGCCAGCCGUCUGUGAGUUGUGUGAAGGCAACAUGGCAGACAGAGGAGAAUGCGGACCACAGAUCAGAAACCAAGGACCUGAUCCAGGUACCAGCUCAGACAUCAUCCGUCUUUACUGGAUCCAAGGUUCUCCUCUUCUCACUUGGACCAAAGGUCAAAGAGGUUCAACUCACUGUGGAGAUAGCUGGACAACGCUUAGAAGAAUCACUCAAAACGCCCAUCGAGUUUGAUGGAUCUUCUUUGACUCUCCAUCGUCUAGUAGGGAGAGCUCUCGUUCGUGAUUAUGACAUUGGAUCAUUUCAUCGAGAUCAUGUCUUUCAUGAGACCCGGAAGUAUGACCUCAAGAAUUAUCUUACUGACCUCAGUAUCCGGUUGUCAAUCAUCACACCUCUCACAAGCUUUAUAGCGAUCGAAAAACGGGAUAAGGAAACUCAACUGGAUACCUUCUCACCUGACGUUGACAAGUUACUAUCUAUGAUCACACGCGAUGAUCUCGAGUCUUUGCAUUGGAGUGAAGUUGUGUUGGAACGAGAGGGUCCUGCGGAGAGCAUUGUGGCAAGAAUCCUCAGGCAGGCAAAAGUUGCUCAGUCAAAUUUCUCCUACUCGUCAGCCGAGAAGUACUACAACAGCGCCUUCAACAUGGCUAAAGAAAACAUGUCAAACAUGCAAAGCCUCUUUCGGACAUGUUGCUUGGAAAUGUCAAAGUUCACAGUGCGGGUCAAAGGUGAUGCAGAGAAGGCAUUGCAAUGGAUUCAACCUGCUCUUACUGGUAAGAAUUCAAUAAUAAUUCAUGAUAAAACACUGGCUCUUCUUAAUUGAAGUUUAACAAACUCAUAUCAUUCUAAUUUUGUGAUAAAUAUAUAUAUACUUGAAUAAACAACGGAUAUAUAACUGAGUUUUCAUGUUCUUUGUGUAUGUGCAGUGUCUAUUUUUAACAUAUGAAAAUCCUUUGUUCAAGAUGUAUUUCUCUGAAACAAGUAGACUCGGUAUUUUACUACAAAAUGUUGAGUAGUAUUCUUUUAUCAUUAUUGAUAGUAACUGAACAGGAUCUGGAAGAAGAAGAUGAGGAGGAGAAGAAAGAAAUGAGACCGCUGGAUACAACUGCCCUAAACUUUUCUGAAUUACUCCAUGGCAUGAUUCGUGAAGGCAAACCUGAAACAGAACAACCUCUGCCUCGUGAUACAACAUUUAUCCAUCCAACUAGCAGCAUGUGGAAACCUGAAGCCAAAACGGAUAGUGGAAAAGCAGUAAAAUACGAGUCAGUAGGGCAAAACAAGGGGAAGAAGAAGAAAAAGAAGAGGAUGGAGGCCGCACGUGCUGACACAACCCCAUCUCAUGGUGCUUUAAGCAUGUCGAGUGAACCUGAAAAAGAGAGAUCCUUAGAACAAAUGCGGGCUAAACUUGCUGUGACAAUAGAGGAAUUACUGGAUCCAUCCAGGCAAGACACCCUUGACCAUCUCGAACAAAGAUCAAUGUCCAUCGAAGCGUCGGCCGAAUCUUUCAGUAGAUCUGCCAAAGUCAUGAAAAAGAAAUCACCGAUGAGUGCAUUGUUUGGUUGGAUGAGGGGAAAAGACAAAAAAGAAAAGCAAGAAGCAGCAAAGGAAACAAGGCGCGGCAAGAGUUUAAGCAUCAGAAGUAAACAAAAAUCGCGGGGCCCGAGAGCAGUAGCACGCGACCCAUCAAGGUCAUAUGGCAUGUCUGCCACAAGUAGACGUUCAAUGCUAACUGAGGAAAGAAAAAUAAGUGCACGCUUCAUGAUGGAAAGGGGUGCAGGUGAUGGAAUGCUGGCAGAAGCGCUUGAGGAUUAUUAUGAGAUAGAAGAAGGUGAUGAGAAGAUACCAGCACCUUACCCACCACUGCCACCACUACCACCAGGCGCUGCACCACCAUCACCACCCGGAGCUGCACCACCGCCAUCACCACCACCAGGCGCUGCACCACCACCACCCG